UUCAAACAAAAUAAGAGAAAAAUCUAACAAAAUUGUGAGAUCUCAAUGUUUCCCUCCUACCAAUAAAAUAGAAAUAAAAAUAAAAAUACCCUUCAAGAAUAUAAUUUUGUAGCUUCACGUGCAGCCUAAGCUGUAGAUUUGAAAAAAAAAAAUUCCCUAUUUUCUUUUUCCAUUUUCAAAACUUUAAAAGCCCCAUUUUUUCUCAUCACAAACCCCAAACCAAACCCAACCAUUUUAGCUUCCCCAUAAUUUCCCCUUUUUUUUUCCUUUUCUUUUCUUUUGGGUCCUCCUCUUUUCCCCUCUUCUUAUACUUAUAAUAAUUUCAUUUCAAUCCCUCAACUAAUUUUCUUUAUUUUACCAAAAUCAACACACAAAAAAAGGGAAAGUUUUUACCAUUGUAUAUUAUGGCUCUAGAGGCAGUUGUUUUCCCACAAGACCCUUUUGUGUAUAAAGAUCAUUUGUUCAUGAAUUUGGUGAAUUCUUCUUCAUGCCUCAACUUCAUUGAUAAUCAUCAAGCUAAUGAUCAAGAUGAUCAUGACUUUUAUUAUCUUCCCAACCUAUCAGUACAGAAUAACUCUCCAAUAUUUUUGGACGAUGAUCAUUAUAAUUUUAAUGAUGAAUCAGUACGACAGGUUGUUGAUUCGACGUUGAUGACGAGCGAGAUGAAGGACGGAGGAGGGAGCGAGCGGAUGGGGAGACGGCGGCAGCAGCGGCGGAGAGGGAAAACACAAAAGAACAAGGAGGAAAUAGAGAACCAAAGAAUGACACACAUUGUUGUGGAGAGGAAUAGAAGAAAGCAAAUGAAUGAGUAUCUCUCUACUCUUAGAUCAUUAAUGCCUCAUUCCUAUGUUCAAAGGGGUGACCAAGCCUCAAUCAUAGGUGGUGCUAUCAACUUUGUUAAGGAACUUGAACAACAAGUACAUUUACUUAGUGCUCAAACAUAUCAUGUAAACCCUUUUUUUCCUUCUCAUGUUCCACCAAAUAACAACAUUAUUCCUUCUUCUUCUUCUUCUUCUCCUUCUUCUUCUUCUUCUUCUUCUUCUUCUUCUUUUCCUUUCUCGCAAUAUCCUUCCUUUACUUUCCCGUCUUCUUCGUCUCCAUCUUCGUCAUCUUCUUCCUUUUCUCUCGACGACAAUAACGGUUCAACCAUUGUUGCCAUGACUACAUCUAACAACUUGAACAACCUGAACAGCGUGAUUCAGACUUCUAUUGGCGAUAUUGAAGUCUCUAUGGUUGACUCCCAUGCAAACCUUAAGAUAAGAUGUAAAAAGCUUCCUAAACAGCUUCUUAAGAUUGUUUCUGGCUUGCAUUCCUUGCAUCUCACUGUUCUUCAUCUCAAUGUCUCCACUGCCCAUCCAUUUGUCCUCUAUUCUUUCAGUCUCAAGGUAGAGGAAGACUGUGGGCUUUCAUCAGUGGAUGAAAUUUCAAAUGGUGUGUACCAAUUGCUUUGCAGAAUUCAAGAAGAAGCAUUCUCCAACUGAUCAUUUUGAGAGAAAAAGAGAAAAAAGAAAUUAGCAUUUUAAUUAGUUCAUUAUCUUUUAAUUUCCCUUCUUUCUUUCUUUCUUUUUUUGCCUUUUCUUUUUCUUUUUCUCCCUCUUGAUGGAGCUUCACUUUGUAAACUUUGAGAUUGUACUUGUUCUGUUCUUCUUCUUCUUCUGAUCUCUAAAUUUUUGGUCAAUUAUUCAACAUGUUCUUUGUCUUUAAUUGAUUACUAUUAGACUCUGUUAAACUUCUCAUUGUCUCUCUCUCCAAGGAAGCAAACUUAUGCA